UAUAGUACUUAAUCUGCAAGUCCAGGUCUGGUACCGUAUAUUGAGAUUUGUAGAUGCACAGGCUGGGGAGGGCAAAUAUUGAGCUGAUGCAAUAAAUGGAUUGUGUCACUUUAAAUGACUUAUUACUGACUGUAGUGUCAUACUGAAGGUUCUGCUGUUGGCAGGGUCAGCCCUAAUUAAAAGAUGAAGGCAGAAGGUCUUCCAAAUACCCUUACAAAAUAAUGUCACUGCAAUAAUCAGUCACCCCAAAUGCUGCUGGCCCUAAGCCCACUUGCUGCACCACUGAUAUAAGUAGUACCAGUAGGGGGCAGUGCAGACCUGGGACAGUGGAGGAAAAAAAAAAACUUGCAUUAACUCUUUCACACAAUAUUCCAUGUAUAGACAUUUCUGUUUGCACAAAACUCCCUCCCUCCUUAUGAGGGUCAGCAGCACAUUCCUGCAGCAAGGGAGUGAUAGACUGCAGCAAUCUUCACCCUGCAGCAAGUCUCAAAUCUGUGUCAAUUUACAGAAGGAAAAAAUAUAUAUAUAGUAAAAAGGCAAAAAAUCAGCAACGCCCCAGUCUGGAGAAGGGACACAUCUCAAGGGCAUGCGCUAUGAUGCACAGCUUCCCUGUUUGUGAGCCCCAAGAACAUCCCAUCACAAGCUCCCUAGCACUAGGACCACCCACCCAGAUCCUGGGGUCUCCUGCUAAGGAUCCAAGCUGCUGACGACUUGGUCCAGCAAUCGGCAUGAGUUUUGCGGAGUACAAAGAACUGAUUCAAGAUGGAGACACGGCUAUUGUGUUUUUGGGUCACGAAUCCAUGUUUCCAGUGACAAUCCAACAGGGGGGCCAGACCCAAACGAAAUAUGGAGUCAUCAGACAUUCCACCGACCUGAUUGGGAAAUGUUACGGCUCCAAGGUGACCUGCAGCAAAGGAGGCUGGGUAUAUAUCCUCUAUCCAACGCCGGAGUUAUGGACCAUGAACCUUCCUCACCGCACUCAGAUCCUCUAUUCUACUGACAUUUCUAUGAUCACCAUGAUGCUGGAGCUGAAGCCGGGAUCAGUGGUCUGUGAGUCGGGUACGGGCAGCGGUUCCCUUUCCCACGCGAUCAUACGGACGGUGGCCCCCACAGGACAUCUGUAUACAGUGGAGUUCCACCAGCAGAGAGCGGAGAAAGCGAUGGAAGAGUUCAAGCAGCAUAAAGUAGAUCAUCUGGUCACUGUGAGGAACCAGGACGUAUGUAAGAAUGGAUUCGGGGUGUCCCACGUGGCGGAUGCCGUCUUUCUGGACAUACCCUCGCCCUGGGAGGCCAUUGGUCACGCCAAGGAUGCAUUGAAGACUGAAGGUGGCAGACUCUGCUCCUUUUCUCCCUGUAUUGAGCAAGUGCAGAGGACGUGUCUGGCCCUGAAUGAACACGGAUUUGCAGAGAUCAACACUUUGGAAAUUCUCCUCCGGACAUACGAUGUACGGACAGUCAGCUUGCAAAUCCCAAAUUUUGGAAAAGCCGUAGAAGAGAAGGAAAACCCAGAGAGCGGAGAUGCAUCCAAGCCACUCUCGGGGUCCCAGCAGGGCUGUGCCUUGUUGAAGAGUGGCAUUUCACCCAGGGAAACCGUGGGUCAUACCGGGUACCUGACCUUCGCCCACCAAGAGUUUAUUUAAGCAUUCCUGUAGAAAUCUGUCAUUGGAAGCUCCAUAUAUAGAUAGAGCGUCGUGUGACCUGGAAAGGCAGACACUGGUGUACAGUCGGGGGCGUUCCCCUCUUCCAUGGACACCAGCGCGCCUUUUUUUUUUUUUUUUUUUUUUCAUGUGUGCAUAAUAAACAAAAAACAUUAUUUUAUCAUGCUGCCAGUUUCACUGUAAUUGUGGGAUAAACCCAUAGAAGAUUAUUAUAAUCCUUUCCCUCGGAGGUUGUGUCCUGUAGUGGGCUGAAUUAUAUUACAUGGCAGAUGGCAUAUUUUUUUUCCCCUUAUGCGAUUCU